AAUGCUUGAUUUUUUUUUUUGGUUUGUUUGUUUUUUUGUCAUUACCACUGAAUUUAUAUUUCACUAUGCUUCUAACAUAAUGACCUCAGUGUUUAAUAUCUGUGGUAAUUGGAAGAUCUAUCCUCUUUUGAAAUGCAUAAAUUAAAGCACUGAUUAUUGACACCGAGGCAAAAUUCACUAAUAUCACCAGCAAAAUCUUUCUAACGUAGCUUUUUUCAUGCUGAGAAUGCAGGCAACUCUAGCCUUUGCUUGUUGAGGUCAUUUUAAUUGUUGGUUUGGAAAAACAACUAGAUUUUUUAAAUGAGAACACUCAAAAGUUAUUUAACAUUUAACAUACUGUAAAUGUUAACCAAGAGCACCCAAAGAAACCCAUGUUAAAUCUAACUAUUACAGUGAUCUGAGCAGUGAAACCUGAGAAUGCUGUGACACAUGCAUGAAGUUUUAGUGAAACUUUAGGCCAUAAUGAAAAAGCAGCUACAACCACUUUCUGUACUACAUCUUUCAGUCCUGUUCAUCUUCAAAGAGAAGCUUUGCCAGUGGAAGUAAUCUUGAUUUUGUGUGCCUUUGUGUUAUUUUUUUAUUUGUAUGUUGAUGGUUAUUCUUACCUUACACUCUUGUCAAUGUAUCCUGACAUAUACAAUACACAUUUAUUGUGUAAAUGUGUAAAAUGUUUGUCGGAAUUUCCAGUUACUGAACCAAAUUUAACUAUUGCACCAUAAAGGUGCUGAAAGCAAUGUUAGCCGUUCUUCAUUAGACACAUCCCUUCUUUCCAAAACCCCGCCUUACAGAGACGCACCCACACAAAGUCUGCAAAGUCUGUCAGGUCCAACUUAAAAACCUGGUGAUUUUCACACAUUUUAACUUCAUGUCAUUUAGAGUGCAAAGCAACAAAUAUAUUUAAAAACUGGUGAACUUUAUUAAAAGAUAUUGAAUGUUUCUUAUUUCUUAUUCAUAAAUAUUUACCUUAUUUUUUCUGAGCAUCCAGAGACAUUAGUUCUUAUUUGAAUUCACCAAGAACAUCCUUAGACCUUAAUGCAAAGGUCCUCUUGUUACUUUCUGCAUUCUUUUCUCAAACUUAUAAAUCCACUCUUCCGUGACACUAUCUGCAUGGCGUUGAGCGGAGCAUUGACACCCUGAUGCAAGUUAUGUUGAAGCCUCUUGACACUAAACCUUGUAUAGGUUCAACACCUGAACCACCCAAGAAGCAGUCUAAUUGGCGGCGAAAGCAUGAAGAAUUUAUUGCCACCAUUCGAGCUGCCAAAGGCUUAGAUCAAGUUAUGAAAGAUGGAGGACCCCUUCCUCCACCCCCUCCUCCGUCCUAUGACCCAGAUUACAUCCAGUGCCCGUAUUGCCAGCGGCGCUUCAGUGAGAAUGCAGCAGAUCGUCAUAUAAAAUUCUGUAAAGAAAAAGCAUCCCGAAUUUCCAACAAGAGCAAGGUUCCUGGAAGUGAUAAAGUCAAGCCCCCUGCUAGGACUCAGUACAAACCUCCUCCACCAGUGAAGGUCAACUCUCCUGCUGUAUCCACUGUGUCCUCCUCUCGUCUACCUCAGCGCUCAACCUAUGGGCAGGGUGCUGGCACAGGGAUUCCCAGCAGUAAAACCUCAUCCACUGGCUCAGUGAGAAGCAUGUCGUCUGGAUACUCUCCUUUACGGAACACCUCCUCUGGCCUGACCAGCCCUCCUUCUGAAGUGAACAUGAAACCCAAAGGCUUUGUUUCUCAAAGCUCCCUAAAAAGUCCAUCCUCUGGAAUAGGGAUGAAUAAAAAGAAGGUCCAAAAUGCAGACAACUAUAAUUCAAGGAAUGAUGUGAAAAACGAGAAUGAAAUCAGUUACUCCACAACAGGCGCCAAGUUCUGCCAUGAAUGUGGGACCAAGUACCCAGUGGACUGGGCCAAGUUCUGCUGCGAGUGUGGGAUAAAAAGAAUGUGCAUUUAAAAAGACUGAUUCGCUGUUUGAUUAAUGCUGAGAAUUUCCAGCCCCAUAAUCCAUGAGCAUAAAUGUCACCUCUAUUUAAAUAUAUUUACACCCCCACCCCCCAUAUACAGUCUACCCCCAAGUGCAAUAUGAUUGGUUACUGCUACAAAAGAAGUAUUAUUUUACCAUAUCACCAUCAUAGGUAUGAUAAAUUGAUGUUAAAUUGACUUCAAUGAUUUUAAGUCAGUAGAUGGGCCUAUUAAAGGGGACCAUAUUGUAACAUGCAACCAUUCUAAUGGUUUAAUGGCAAUAGCUUAAUGUAGUAUUUCUAUGUGAGAGACUGAAGAAUUUAAGUGCUAUCAUUUAAUUUAAAAUACAAUUAUUUGUUUUGUUUGUUUUUUACAUUGAAAAGGUUUCUAGGGUUCUAGGUUAAGUAGGUUGAAAAACAGUUCUUACACUGAGCAAUCAAAUAUUUCACUUUGAGGUUUUUUUAUAUACAUUUUUGAUUGUUUAUUUGUUUUGUGUGUUUUUUAAUAGUAUUCAAAAUGUCAUGUAGAAAUUGUCGUACAUAUAGUAGACGUACAAUCCAUCACAUAUCUGUUCAAUCUGUCAAAAAUUUUCACACAUAAAUACAGCUUUUAAACUCAAAGGUAACUGAAUUGUAGUUUCUGAACCAUCCUACUACAACAUAUAUUAAGUAGCUUUAAAACUAUAUUCUGUUGCUGCAGAGCCUUUAAGCUUUAUCACUGCUGUCAAGGGUGAGAGAGGUUAUGCAUUUAGAGCAUCACUCUGCACCUUGCUGCGCUUGUACUACUGCAGUGCUGAUCUGUCCGCAUACAUUAUAGCUUAUGAAUACCCACAACCUGGAUUAUGACAGAAAAUGUGCAGUUUUAGGAUUGAAUGGUAAAAAUGUCUCCUGAAUUAAACUGAACCUACAUAAAUAAAGUGGGAAACAGAGCUCAGAUUGUGUCCUUACAUUUAA